AUGAACACAAAACACAACCUCGGACCGCACCUGACCUGGCUCCGACGAGAACGCCCGCAGAUUCCGCCGCCGCGCACCGCCGCCCCCGUAGCGCUACUACCGCCGGUGCUAAUCCCCGAGAAGAAGGGCCUGCAGAGAAGGAAGGAGGAGGAGGAGGAGGAGGAGGAGGAGGAAGAUUGGGACGGACAGGAGGGACUGGAAGAGCAGGAGGAGAUGGCGAGACUGCAGCUGGAGCAGGUGAGGAGGGAGAGGCUCACGGCGGGGAAGAAGGUUGGGACGCCGACGGCGACGCAGGUGCCCAGGACGGCGGCAGCGACAGCGGCCAGGACCCCGGGGUUGAGUACUAAUAACGCACCAUCAUCGUCCUCCCGCCCACCGUCGACAGCACGCCCACCACAGCCAAAACACGUACUAAUGGAAAUUGACACCAUCGACCUCACAUCCGACGACAACGAGCCCGUCUACAUUGGCCGCACCCCCACCACCGUCAAGCCCACCAGCUCACCGCAGAAAAUACCCGCCCCCAUGCCACUGCCAGGGACGCAGAGGGCACCACCACCCGCACUGACGUCGACGCCGCUCUUUAGAUAUGACGAGACCAUGGACGGCAGCAACAGUCCCACCAGACAGGCGUCCCCCGUCCGGCGGAACAGGAACAAACGCAGCUCCCUGGAGUUUGAGGACGACAACCCCCAGCACGGGGCGGAGCGGUUCCCGUCAAAGUCGCCACGCACGGAGAGGCGCUCGACGCCGGAGAGGAGCCAUGGUGCGAGGCAGGCGAAUGUGAUUGAGGCGCAGGAGGGGCCAUUGGAGCCGCCGCCGCCGUAUUCGAGUGGUGAGAAUCAUGGUGACGAUCUGGACUAUCCGGAUUUGUCGCAGGUGAUGGAGCCGGUGUUGAAGCCGGCCGCCACCACGUCGAGUAGAAGGAGGGGAGUGGGCGUGGAGGAGCAGAAGGUCACGACGAGGGUGGGGAAGCUGCGUAAGUCAAACUCUUACGAUGCACGCAAUGGGACUAUCGAGAUCACGGAGGAGCAGGAAGAGGAGGUUGUCCGCAAGAAAAGAAGGACCGUCAAGAUCACGAGGGACCUGACCCAGGGCGAGACAUGGCCGCCGAAACCGGUAAUAUCUGAGAGCGAGCGACUGAAAAAGACUCGUGCUGAGGGCACCAAGUCUCCGUCCAAGAGAAGAAUGAGACGGGUAGUACCCAGCUCGGAUCAAGACGACUCGGACGGAGCAUUGUCGGUCGAGGAGCCUGAUGAGACAGCCGACGAGGAAGAUGACCACGGCAUGGGACGGAACAUGGACACCAGACUCGACGAGAUUGCGCUUCUCGAGGCCGAGGGAGGCUCCGACGAACAGCCCUCGCCGCCGUUCGAGCCCGAAGCCGAUGACGAUGAAGACUAUGGCGCCUCAGACCUAGACCUCACAGAAGCCAUCGCACAGGCCGACUCAUCUAGUCGGCCUCCUACAUCCUCCAGUCGAGCUCCUACAUCCUCCUCCAGUCGAGGCCCUGCAUCGUCAAUAACCAUUCCACCACAAACACAGGAACGCCGCCGACCCCAUCCGCGCGAUGAGGCAUCACCGCUGCAGCGCGACAGCCCAACCAAGCUUGCUGGCGUAUCAAAACGGACCGCAAUCCCGCCCACGCCCCGCUCUGACCGGACCAAGAAGAAGGCCCGCACCGAGAGCGACGACGGGCUCUCCGACUACGAUCUAGAGGGGCUCAAGAAGCUGCUCCCGAGCGUCACAAGGCAGAGCUAUGCCAAGAUGGAGGAGGUAUCGGACUACAAUGCUGAGGGCGCCAUGCCGCCAAUGGAGCUCGUCCAGGAGUCUGCAGCGCUCAGGAAGAAGGUUAAAGCCAUUGAGGCGCGCAUCAAGGCGUUUGAAGCUGGAGAGGCAGAGACAAAUCUGUGCGUAGAGGCAACGCAGCCGGUAGUGCCCGAGACGCCAACUCGGAAGCGGGUGGCGUCGCAGAUCAUCAGGCAGACGCAGUAUGCGCCCAGCAGCCCCAUCAGAAGACAGAAAAUAUUGGAGGAGGACAGCGACGAGCGGGAUAUGUCAUUGAUAGAGGCGUGGGCCUCGCCGCGGAAGCUACAAAGAGCAGCGAGACAGGAUGCAUUCAUAAUUGGCAUGGGCUCGCCGCCGCCGCCGCCGAGCCCGUCGGCGUUUGAGUCCCCGAAGAGGAGUAAGAGGUCGCCAGCGAAGAGGCGGGAUUAUAGUGCGUAUGAGGACUGCGAUGUGCCGCCGGACCCGGCGCUGCAGAGCGAUGGGAGCGAUUAUGGGGAGGACUUUGAUGUGGAGGAGAUGGUGGAGGAGGAGCAGCAGCAGCAGCAGUUGGGCACGUUUGGUUACCAGUCGAGGACGGUGUCGAGUUUCAAGGGGAAUAUGGCGGCGGGUUUCAAUACAUCGACGAGUAGUAGACAGGAACACCAUCACCACCAGCAGCAACAGCAGAGCUUCGGAAAUACUGUCAGCAGUUAUAUGAAGCCGGCCAAAAAGACGCCCUCACACAGGCUCAGCGAGAUUGUCAUCAGCGACGACGACGAUGACAUCCAGCUUGUCCAGAUCCAGAAGAGCACAUCGAGAACCGCAAAGCCACGAGAACCGCUCGCAAGGACAUCCGGCAACUCCCCGCCCGAGCCACGAACUAUCAACAACGCCCUCGGCCGCUCCACGCAGCAGCAGCAGCACCCGUCCAGCCAGACACCGCAGAAGUCCCAGAUCGCGCCCGCAGGCCCCCACGCAAGGCUCCAUGUCCAGCGCGCCGCCACAAUCGACAUGAACAGCGCCGCCAUGCGGCACCCCUGGUCGCGCGACGUCGCGGAUCAGCUCCGCCGCAGAUUCAACCUCAAGGGCUUCCGCAACAACCAGCUGGAGGCCAUCAACGCCACGCUGUCGGGCAAGGACGUGUUCGUGCUCAUGCCCACGGGCGGCGGCAAGUCGCUCAUCUACCAGCUGCCCGCCGUCAUCAGCACGGGCAGGACGCGCGGCGUGACGGUCGUGGUCUCGCCGCUGCUGUCGCUGAUGCAGGACCAGGUCGACCAUCUGCAGAAGCUGAAUGUCAUGGCCUUCUACAUCAAUGGCGAGAUCAGCGAGAUGCAGAGGAGCGUGCUGUAUGAUUCGCUCUACCACCAGGAUGUCGAGGAGAUGAUACAGCUGCUGUAUAUCACGCCGGAAAUGAUCGCGAAGAGCGACAAGAUGGUGAAUACGCUGGUGCACCUCCAUCGCCGCGGGAAGCUGGCGCGGGUGGUCAUUGAUGAGGCGCAUUGUGUCUCGCAGUGGGGGCACGACUUUAGGCCCGACUACAAGUCGCUGGGGCAGCUAAGGGAGAAGUUUCCGGAUGUGCCCUGGAUCGCGUUGACGGCGACGGCAACGAAGAAGGUGCAGAUGGAUGUCACGGCGAACCUGCGGAUGCCGCGCUGCGAGUCGUUUCAGCAGAGCUUCAAUCGGCCGAAUCUCCACUACCAGGUCCUGCAGAAGGGGAAAGACAUACUGGACAAGAUCGUGGACAUCUGCAGGCAGCCAAAGUACGCGAACAAGACGGGUAUCGUGUACUGUCUCUCCCGCGCCAACUGCGAGCAGACCGCGGAGAAGCUGCGCAUGCGCGGCAUCAAGGCGCAGCACUUCCACGCGGGCCUGGCAGCGGAGGAGAAGGUGCGGCUGCAGAAGGGCUGGCAGGCAAGACAGUUCAAUGUUAUAGUCGCGACUAUCGCCUUCGGCAUGGGCAUCGACAAGCCAGACGUGCGCUUCGUGAUCCACUACACCAUCCCCAAGAGUCUCGAGGGGUACUACCAGGAGACGGGCCGUGCCGGCAGAGACGGCCUGCCCAGCGGCUGCUUCCUCUUCUACAACUACGGCGACACGGGCACGCUCUACCGCAUGAUCAAGGACGGCGACGGCAAUGCCGACCAGAAGAGGCGCCAGAUUGAGAUGCUGCAGAUGGUGGUGCAGUACUGCGAGAAUAAGGCCGAGUGCCGCCGUGUCCAGGUGCUGCGCUACUUUGGCGAGAACUUCCCGGAGGAGCAGUGCGACCAGAGCUGCGAUAAUUGUUGCUCGGGCAUUGAGUAUGAGGAUGUGGAUAUCACGAACAUGGCGGUUGCGGCGCUGAAUGUAGUGUCGCAGCUGAAUGAGAAGACGCUGCUGUACUGUAUUGAUGUGUUCCGUGGCAGCGCGAGUAAGGCGCAUAAGGAUAGUGGUAGUGAUGGGCUGGCGGGAUAUGGCGCGGGGAAGAAGUGGGAUCGCAGUGAUUGUGAGAGGCUGUUUCAUUAUCUGGUCCAGAUUGGAGCCGUCACGGAGGAGCAUGUGCAGAAUAAGGCGGGGUUCUAUGUCAGCCAUGUCUACUUGAAUAACGCAAAAGCAAACCCGAUCCUGCAAAGCCGCCGUGCAAUCUCGAUGGCCUUCCCCAAGAAGACUGCCGCCGCGGCAAAGCGGACAGCAGCAAGCCACUUGACGACCGCGGCCCUCGAGGUCGAGAGCAUCCGCAGCCGGUACCAGUUCAAGGAGAAAGUCACUAAAGUACAACGCACCCGCCACUAUGAAGCCGAAGCCGAAGACGAAGAGGAGGACUUCGGGGGGGAAAACGAAUAUGAGCUUGACGGCUUUGUAGUUGACGACGACGAAGAAGAGGACGAUGAGCAGCCCGACAGCCUCGGAUUCAUGCCUGUGCGCCAGGGGGGGAGCAAGAAACGUAAUACUGCCGGUAGUGGGCAGAAGAAGAAGAUGGGCAAGCCGAUCACAGGGGACCCGGAGCUCGAGGGGUAUGAUUCGUAUGCGCUGGACAUCAUGGAGCGCUUUGUGGCCGACGCAAAGAAGCUGCGGCAGAAGAUCAUGGAGCGGAAGCGCAUCCAGAGGAUCGAAAGCGUCUUUACGGACAAGAUUUUACGAACCAUUGGCCUGCGCCUCCCACGAACACUCGACGAGCUCCGCGCAAUCCCCAACAUCCCCACCGAGAAAGCCGACAACUUCGGCGCCUCCUUCCUCAAGCUCACCGCGCCGCUGCGGGAAGAGCGCGAAACAAACAUGCAAGGCGCCGACCUGUCGCAAGUGCCCGCACCCACGCAGAUUCCUAGCACCACCGAUGACGACGACGGCAGCGAGUACGACGAAGACGACGACAACGAGAUCGGCGCAGAGACGGGCGAUAAGUCUGGAUACUUUGCGGCUGAGAGCGAGUACUUCAAUCCGCCGAAGAUGUCGCAGGCCCAGCAGGCGAUGAUGGAGCAGGUUGCGAAUGCUGCGCGUGCUGGCGGUGGCGGCGGUGGUGGGAGUGGGAGUGCGAGUAGUGCGGGGGCGAGGCCGAGGAAGAAGGCGUUUGGAGGAAGGGGCGGGAGGAAGAGGAGUGGUGGGCAGAGGAAGCAGUCGGGUGGGGCCAAGAAGAGCUCCGGGGGAGGGGCGUUCCAGGCGGGCGGGAGUAGGGGUGGGAGGAGCGGGGGAAACGGUGGGAAUAGUAGUAGGGGUGGAGGUGGGGGCGGGGGUGGAAGCUUCUUUGGUGGAGGCGGGGCUUCGAGGAUUAGACCGAUGCCGUCUUAG